GGAGGAGGCCGUCGCGGCCACGCGGGAGCGGGCGAUGUUGGAGCUGAGGCACCGAGGGGGCUGCCCCGGCCCCGGGGGAGCGGUGGCGUCGCCGCCCCGCGAGGGAGAGGCGGCUGGCGGCGACCACGAAACCGAGAGCACCAGCGACAAAGAAACAGAUAUUGAUGACAGAUAUGGAGAUUUGGAUUCCAGACUAGAUUCUGAUAUUCCAGAAAUUCCGCCAUCUGCAGAUAGAACCCCUGAGAUCCUCAAGAGAGCCUUAUCUGGUUUAUCUUCAAGGUGGAAAAACUGGUGGAUUCGUGGAAUUCUUACUCUAACUAUGAUUUCAUUGUUUUUCCUGAUCAUCUAUAUGGGAUCCUUUAUGCUGAUGCUUCUUGUUCUGAGCAUCCAGGUGAAAUGCUUCCAUGAAAUUAUCACUAUAGGUUAUAGAGUGUAUCGUUCUUAUGACCUGCCAUGGUUUAGAACACUAAGCUGGUACUUUCUACUGUGUGUAAACUACUUUUUCUAUGGAGAGACUGUAGCCGAUUAUUUUGCUACAUUUGUUCAAAGAGAAGAGCAGCUUCAGUUCCUCAUUCGCUAUCACAGAUUUAUAUCAUUUGCCCUCUAUCUGGCAGGUUUCUGCAUGUUUGUACUGAGCUUGGUGAAGAAACAUUACCGUCUGCAGUUUUAUAUGCAUAGACUUUUAGAAGAGGAUAUUAUUUUCGUGGAAUCUGAAAGAACACAAAAGAUGUACUUGCCAGCAAAUGGUGUGCAUUUCCUCUUCCCGAAAGUUGGGUUCCUUGUUCCAAUAUCAAGUGUUAUCUGCAAUGACAUAACUGCUUACCUUUUUGGAUUUUUUUUUGGGAGAACUCCAUUAAUUAAGUUGUCUCCUAAAAAGACAUGGGAAGGAUUCAUUGGCGGUUUCUUUUCCACAGUCGUGUUUGGAUUCAUUGCUGCCUAUGUGUUAUCCAAAUACCAGUACUUUGUCUGCCCAGUGGAAUACCGAAGUGAUAUAAACUCCUUCGUUACAGAAUGUGAACCCUCGGAACUUUUCCAGCUUCAGAGUUAUUCACUUCCUUCCUUUCUGCAGGCAGUAUUGAGACAGGAAACAGUGAGCAUGUAUCCUUUCCAGAUACACAGCAUUGCUCUUUCGACGUUUGCAUCUUUAAUUGGCCCAUUCGGAGGCUUCUUUGCCAGUGGAUUCAAAAGAGCUUUCAAAAUCAAGGAUUUUGCAAACACCAUUCCUGGACAUGGAGGGAUAAUGGACAGAUUCGAUUGUCAGUAUUUGAUGGCAACUUUUGUGCACGUGUAUAUUACAAGUUUUAUAAGGGGUCCAAAUCCCAGCAAAGUGCUACAGCAGUUGUUGGUGCUUCAACCGGAGCAGCAGUUAAAUAUAUACAAAACCCUGAAGACUCAUCUCAUCGAGAAAGGAAUCCUACAGCCCACCUUGAAGGUAUAACUGGACCCAGAGAAGGAAGGACUGACAAUAAGGAAUUCUGCAGAAAAGCACUGACAGAUGACAUUUUGUAACUGUACAGAAAUAUGAUUGAACAUGCAAUAGAUUGAAGUUUUACAGACACAAAUGUUUCUUCUCUGAAAUUACUGUGAAUAUUUAACGAACACUGACUUGAUUGAAGUUACGAAAUAAGUAGCAAAUUUCUGGCAAAAUAUCCUGUACUUUUUCUAGAGUAUGUUUUCUGGUGUUAAUUCCCUUCCCCUUGCUAGAUUUCAUAAUUUAAAAGACUUAUAUUUUAAAGAGUCAAACACCAUGAAAUGAGUAAAUUGAGAAUGUCCUAAGAUGGCACCUGGCAGUGUGCCCUUUGCACAAUAUUUACCUUUGCACUUGAAGCUGCUCUUAAUUUUAGCAAAAUGUUUUCUAUAAGGCAUAGUAGGAAGUCAGUUGUACUUGAUCUUGCUCAAGUUUUAGUCUGAAGUAUUUCUGAAGGGCUGAGUUGGAUCAAAAAAAAAAAAGAAAGAAAAUGAAUGUCCAUUUUUCAAAGAAGCAAUUAUUUGCCAGGGAAAAACAUGCUACUUUUUAAGUAGGUUCAAAAAUUGGGAGAGGGGGGUUGAAAUUUCUACCGCUAUUGGCUUGCUAGAAAGAACAGGUGUCAGACUUUUGUUAAAAUUGUCUGGAAAAAACUUUUUAAAAGAAAUAGAGAAUUCUGCUAUGAAGAAUGUAACAUACAGACCCUCCCUGCUGAGCUCAACAUAUGACAAGAGCUCAGGUGGCAGCAUGGGACAGUGACAUGUGGCAUGCAUGGGCCACCUCCAGGCCAAGUCCUCUGCUUUUCCUUGUUUCCCUGUGGAUUGGUUUCUAUAUGUUCUUUAGCCAGCCGUAGGGACACAAGGUGAGUGUGUGAGACAGUGAGCAGGCCAUGGUCCCUGAGCAAAGCAGGAGGUGCCAGACCGAGCAAGAGUGACCGUCCUGGGAUGAGGCUCAGCGCACCCACAUCCUGGGUUCCUCCCCUGCCGACUCCCUGCCCCUCCCACGGGAGACUCACCUGGGAAGAAGGAAGAUCCACCUGGAGACCUAAACCCAGAAUAGCUCCCUGGUAGCAGCUAACCUUUGUCCCAUUGUUCUUUCACAUCAUGUCAUAAAAUCCGAGGACAUCGCUGAUUAUAUUUUCUUUCAAAAAAUUAAAAUCAAGGAGAAGUGAUUCCCACCAAGAACAAAAAGCACACAAAUGCCAAACCUUUCCUUUGGUGGAUGGGACAUUAUAACCAAUUGAGAUUAAAUUUCUUAAAAAUGAAUGUAAAUAAGCUAUCGUUGCUGUGUGCUCUCUGCAACCAUUUUCAUUGUAUUGAACAGUGGUCACUGAACCUUCAAAAACUGUCUAGUGCUUCUGGUUAAAUGUUCAGAGGCAAGAAAUUGAUAUAUUUUAAAGAAUGUUUUGCUAAUGAAAAGAGUAAAUAUUUUUGUUUAAAUCGUAAACAAAUUUCAGUUAUUUUAUAUUUUCGUUCUGAUACUAUGCCUAAAACAAAGACUUGUAUUUUAAAGAGUUUAAAAACAAAGGAUUGUAGAGAUGGCUGGACUCCCAGGGUGUAAUCUGUAAUUAGCAGCCCCAUCAUGCGUGCUACGUGAUCACAGUAGAUGUGGUUAAACUCAGUACCAAGAGCCUAGUUUCUUGGUCUGGCUUGCAUUCCCUUGAUUUAUCGCCACUGAAUGUGUUCAGUCAGCGUUAUUUCACACCAUUCCAUGAAAAUCGAGAACUGGCUUUGGAAAUGUUAUUACAGGAGGGAAAGAUCACUUUUAAAAUCAGGCCACCUAACAAGUUAAUUUUCAACAUCGCUCGUUUUUAUUUGCCCCAUUAGCAGCUCCAAGUUUUGAUAAUUAAAGAAUCCAGGAUACCAAAGUUUAAUCAAAAAAAAAAAAAAAAAAGAAGGAAACUUCGUGGUUUGUACAAGCAAGAACUCUUUGAGGAUACAGGACUAACUCUGAGUUUUUCUCUAAAGUAAUUGGUGAGGCGAUGUCAUAUAGAAAUUAUGAGCGCAUUACUGAAUACAUGGCAUUAUAAAAUUAAUACUGUUUUAAACAAAAUAUGAAGCUAGAAAUAUUUGGGGUCAUGAUAGUAGCUCUCCCCAGAUAGACUUUUAGAGUCAGGUGUACAUUAUUCUGUAUGUAAAGAAGUAAAUUCUAAAUUUUAACAGCUUUAAAGAUUGACCUUUUUAGUGUACUUUUAUAGCGUGUAUAUUAAAAUAGAAUAUAUUUUAGCAAAAGAUUGCUGUAAAGCCCUGACUUUGAUCGUUUUUAUAUUUGCACUGUUAAGAGGGCUCAGAUUCCAAUGUAGCCUUGUGGUGGUGAUGGUAAGUGAAAAACCAGGAACGUCCUUCACAAUACUGGUGAAUUGUUCCACGUCUGCUGUCUUUUGAGGUACUCUAGUGGUACUCAUUGCUUGACUUUUUAACUUGUGGGAUACAAAUGUUCCCUCAGUGCUUCCCCCCCUCCCCUCACCGCCAUAGUGGUGUAUAUACAUUUACUAUCUCAGAAUAAAAAGACCACACACACACACACACCCUUUUUGUUAAUUUAUAUAGCACUUCGGUUUGAACAAAGGUAGUAUCACCUUGUUCAGUUAAAAGGAAAAAGUAGAAACACUAUAUAUACAAUGUAUGGGUGAUUGUUUACGGUCUGUGUCAAUCAGUUCUCUGAAUCUUACUGAAGCCAAGAUAGGAAAAUAAAACUGAAAACAAAUCAUAUUUUGACUUUGUUGUGUCAAUUUCUCAUUGGACUAGAAACAUUCAUUCAACUAGUGUUUGCAAAAUAAUGAAAUGAGGGGUAUACAAAUACUGUAUCAUACGUUUUCCCUCAUCAUCACCAUCUGCAGUGACAUCUUCAGGACUGAGGAUAAGUCAGUUCUGGUGAUAACUGAACAUCUCCAUUUGUUGAGAGGUGAUGUCCACGUGAUAGAAAGAAUACUGAACUUCUGUGGACCUUACAGCUUUUCGUUACACUUUAUUUUUGUGAUUCUCUGAUUAAUGUCUGUGUCCUCACAAGAGCUCUAAGCUAUAGGGAGGUUGACUGGGGUCCAUUGCAUUCCCAAUGCCUAGCUCAAAGCCUGCACUCUCUAGCCAUUCAAGCUUUUGAACAAAUGAAUGGGCUUGGAGUCUGAGACCCAACUGUCUAUAUCCCAGCUUCCUACCUGUCUCCCUUAGACAGCCCCUUCCACCCACCACUCACUCCCACCCCCAGUUUUCGUUGUGCAUAUUAACUAUCCCUAAAAAAAAAAAAACAAAACUAGCUAGUAGUUAUUUUAUUAAGGAUUAUGUAAGAACUCAUAUAGAAGCACCUUGAUUAGACAGAGAUAGCUGCUGUUGAAUUGACUCCAACUCAUGGCAGUCUUAUGUACAACAGAACAAAAUGUUGCCCAGUCCUGUGUCAUCAAGAUCACUGGCAUUUUCAAGUCAUCCCAUCUCACUGAAGGUUUCCCUUGACCUUGCUGGCCCUCUACUUCACCAAACAUGAUGUCUUCCAGCAACUGAGCCCUCCUAAUGACGUGUCCAAGGAGUCCUGGUGGCGCAGUGGUUAAGCACUCAGCUGCUAACCAAAAGGUCAGUGGUUCAAACCCACCAGCCUGCUCCACAGAAGAAAGAUGGGGCAGCCUGCUUCCGUGAAGAUUUACAGCCUUGGAAGCCCUAUGGGGCAGUUCUACUCUGUCCUAUAGGGUCGUUAUGAGUUACAAUCAACUCGAGGGCAGUGGGUUUUGGUUUGAAAUAACAUGUCCGAAGUAAGUGAGUUGGACGCUGUUCUGUUGUGAUCCAUAAGUUUUUCAUUGGCUACUUUUCAGAAGUAGAUCACCAGACCUUCUCCUAGUCUGUCUUAGUUUGGAAUCUCUGCUGAAGCCUGUCCACCAUGGGUGACCCUGCUGAUACUUAAAAUACUGGCGGCGUAGCUCCUCCAUCAUAGCAACACAAGCCACCACAGUAAGGCAAACCAACAGACGGUGGUGGUGGGUGCUUUGAUUAGUGCCCAAUAUAGAGGAGCUGAAUAAUAAUCCUUAGUCUCCUUCCUUCUUCCUAUUGCCUCUUCUGUUGCCUGUUUCCAGUGGGAAGUGACAGAAAAUCACUUAUCAUGUCUCAUGUCUGUUAGGUAUGUUAGCUUGAAGUGCUCCUUGAAUGAUAGACAGCUCAUCAAUUCACUUCAGCAAACCUAGAACUUCUACCAUAUGCCCAGCACUGAGCUUUGUCCCAGCACCAAGAUAAGCAUUAGAACUAGUAGUUCUCCGCCCAGUCACAGAGACAAAUAGAGACAGAAGUAAAUGCCAGAUGUGGUAGAUGUUGAUUAAGGUGAUGAAAAGGCAUAAACAAAGUGGAUGUGAAACCAGAGGAGAUCUAUACCAACUGUCCUGAGGACAGUCCACAGUCAGAUCUUUUGGCUUGUUCCUGAGAAAGGUUAUUAUUCACUUGCAUGGACCAAAAAACCAAACCCGUUGCCAUUGAGUUGGUUCUGACUCAUAGUGACCCUAUAGGACAGACUAGAACUGCCCCGUAGGGUUUCCAAGGCUAUAAAUCUUUAUGGAAGCAGACAGCUACAUCUUUUUCCCAUGGAAUGGCUGGUAGGUUCAAAUUGCUGACCUUUCAGUUAGCAGCUGAGCACUUUAACCAUUGAGCCACCAGGGCUCCUUCUCAUUAGUCGUUAAACCCAUUGCCAUCAAGUUGAUUGUGACUCAUAGCGACCCUACCCUACUGGACAGAGUAGAACUGCCCCAUAGGGUUUCUAAGUAGUGGCUGGUGGAUUCAAACUGCCAACCUCUUGGUUAGCAGCCGAACCCUUAACCACUGUGCCACUAACAUGCAAGAGGGGCAUUAUUUGGAGAUCUGUGAUGAAAAUGGUUUGUGCUUGGUUAACACUGACAGGUUGGUGGUUGGAACCCAUCCAGCAUCCCUUUUGACCUCUGGGGUCCUCACAGCCUGUCCUGCCCUGACCAAACCUCCAAGCCAACUCAGUUGGUAAGGGACGGGAGCAACCCCGGGCAAGAAUGCCACAGACUCCCCUGUUCUUAAAUGCUGCAGUUUUUCAAGCUGUAGUUUUUUCAAAUGCUUCUGAUGUUGUAUACCUUGGUUCUAUUUGUAGAGCACUGAAAUGUUAUUUUGUCCAGCUUUAUAAUUCCUUUUGGGGGGAAAGGAUUUGCUGACCUCUUCACUCAGCCAUCACUGAAGUCCCACCUUGGCAAUUCUGCUUUAUAGUCAGAAUAAAUGGGGACAGAUAUUAAUCCAAAUCUGGCCUUAGCUGAGGAGUAGUGACCAAGAGUAUGUACCAAAAAAAAAAAAAAAAAGCCCAACAGAA